CCCUCGCCUAGCGACUCCAUCCGCUCGCUGACCAGCCGGCCCAGCACCCGGGGCCUCACCCAUCUCCGCCUCCACCGACCCUGGCUGCAGGCCCUGCUCACGCUGGGGCUGACCCAAGUGCUCCUGGGCAUCCUGGUGGUAACCUUCAGCAUGGUGGCCUCCUCCGUCACCACCACCGAGAGCAUCAAAAGGUCCUGCCCGUCUUGGGCCGGGUUCUCGCUGGCGUUCUCCGGGGUAGUUGGCAUUGUGUCCUGGAAGCGGCCAUUCACUCUAGUGAUCUCUUUCUUCUCCUUGCUCUCGGUGCUCUGUGUCAUGCUCAGCAUGGCUGGCUCUGUCCUCUCCUGUAAGAACGCUCAGCUGGCCCGGGACUUCCGACAGUGCACGAUGGAGGGGAAGGCCUGUGUGUGCUGCCCCCCUGUGCCCCUCCCCCGGCCCUGUCCAGAGCCAGGGCGGGAGCUGAAAAUUGCCCCCAACUCUACCUGUGAGGAAGCCCGAGGUGCCCUCAAGAACCUGCUCUUCAGUGUCUGUGGACUCACCAUUUGUGCCGCCAUAAUCUGUACCGUCUCUGCUAUUGUCUGCUGCAUCCAAAUCUUCUCCCUGGACCUCGUGCACACGCUGGCCCCCGAGCACUCUGUCUCAGGCCCCCUGGGGCCACCCACCUGUGCGGCCUCUCCUCCGGCCCCACUCCUGCACACCAUGCUGGCCCUGGAGGAAUUUGUCCCACCGGUGCCCCCGCCACCCUACUACCCCCCAGAGUAUACCUGCAGCUCCGAGACAGACGCACAGAGCAUCACGUACAACGGCUCCAUGGACAGCCCUGUGCCCUUGUACCCUACUGACUGCCCUCCUUCUUAUGAGGCUGUCAUGGGCCUGCGAGGAGACAGCCAGGCCACUCUGUUUGACCCUCAGCUUCACGACGGCACCUGCAUGUGCGAGCGAGUGGCCUCCAUUGUGGAUGUGUCCAUGGACAGCGGGUCCCUGGUGCUGUCGGCCAUCGGCGACCUCCCGGGCGGCUCCAGCCCAUCCGAGGACUCGUGCCUGCUGGAACUGCAGGGCUCAGUGCGCUCCGUGGACUACGUGCUCUUCCGCUCCAUCCAGCGCAGCCGCGCCGGCUACUGCCUCAGCCUGGACUGCGGCCUGCGCGGCCCCUUCGAGGACAGACCCCGGCCCCGCAUCCCGCCUCCUCCGCUGCCGCGGUCGCACAGUGACCCGACCUUAGCCACCUCCGGCGACACCGCUGACUUCAGGGACUUCUGUACCAAAGUGCUUGAGGAAGAAGCUGCCUCCGUUUCCUCUGCAGACACAGGGCUCUGCUCCGAAGCCUGCCUCUUCCGCCUGGCCCGCUGCCCGUCCCCCAAGUUGCUCCGAGCUCGCUCAGCAGAGAAGCGGCGCCCCGCGCCCACCUUCCGCAAGGUGCCCUUGCCCUCGGGCCCUGCACCUGCCCACUCUCUGGGGGACCUGAAAGGAAGCUGGCCAGGCCGGGGCCUGGUCAGCCGUUUCCUCCAGAUGUCC